AGCGAACAAGAUUAUUUCUCAGAAUUUACAAAGACGGGGUAACAGUGAAUGGACAGCAGAUUAGUUUCAGUUGUUGAAAACAGAGAACCUACAUUCAGCUCCUCAUUUUAGAUUUAUCAUAUCAAAUAGGAUUCUUCAAGGGCAGAAGUUAAUCUGCAAAAUGCAAGUCGUUCGCCAGUGUUCAGUAUGUACCAGCCGUGUUGCUGGAGGACUUCUGCGAAAUCAGACGGACAUUUCCCUGCUGCACACCAACAAGAGUGUGCUUAGGAGAGGAGCAGCCUGUAUCCGUUUCCUAAGGUCUGAGAGUGUCCUACUCAGCAGCAGGAAGCCUGGAGUUCAGAAGUUGGGAGAAUGGACAGAUACUUUGCACAUGAGCAUAGCAUCUCUAAGUGUUGGCCAUGGGCUUUCUGGUAUACAUUUUACACAGCAAGUGGAAAACCUCUCUCAUGACUCCCUGAUCAAAAGAGCAGCCUCAGUGGUUACAGACAGCUCAAGUACUUUCCUCUCCCAGACCACCUUGGCUGUCAUAGAUGCCAUUACAGACUAUUCGAAGGCUGUGCACACACGCAUCGCUGUCCAAAGACGGUAUUUAGCCUCACUGGGAAAGCUGACCCCAGCAGAGCGGGAUUCAUUCCUGGAAGUGAUCAAUAGCCAGCGUGCAGAGAUUAGUGACAGACUAGCUCAAUGCAAACGCUUUGAAUCAAGCUGGAUCAACGCUGUCAACUUGUGUAAAAUGGCAGCUGAGGUAGCAUACACUUCAGGAGCCGAGCAGGCAUCCAUCGCAAUGAGAACGAACAUUCAGGUGGCCCAGUCACAGGUGGAGGAGGCACGGAAACUAUCAAUGGAUGCAGAUAAGAAGUUGGCGGAGACUAAAGUAGAAGAGAUCCAAAGGAUGGCAGAAUAUGCUUCCUUCCGAGCUGAUAGUGAGGAGCAUGAGGUGCAUGAGGCUUAUCUACGAGAAGACUAAGACAAAUAGAAAGAGAUAUUGGAAAACAGUAAAAAACGAACAAAACAAAAGAAAGCUUUCACCUUUGAAAGCUUUGACCUUUCUGUUUUAUUCCCCUUUUUGAGUCUGUAAGAUGUUUACAUGUUUGCUUUACACAAAGAAAAUUUAAUUUGAAAAGGGACUGAAAUAAAUUACCAAUAAUUGGUAAUUCUUAACAAUUGCAUAAUUUAUUAUUUAAGACUAUUUUUCUAUUAGUGAAUGUCAACUGCUUUUGGAGCUUCUGGAAAGUGAAUAUCAAAUCUCCAGUGUAGGGCAGUGGGGUCGAUCUAACAUCGGAUCACAAUGUUUAUUGUAUGUUUGGUUGUAACAAAGACACUUUUUAUGAAACUGUUUGCUUCAUUGUUUUUUCACUGUUCACAUAAUAGAAAAAAUAAAACUCACUAUUUGAUUUAA